AUGGUUACUAAUUAUGCUAUCUUUGGUGAUGUAAUUACAUUUGACACUACAUACUGCACAAACAAAGAAAAUAGACCAUUUGGUGUUUUUUGUGGAUUCAAUCACCAUCGAGAAAUAGUAAUAUUUGGCGCUACUCUUUUGUAUGACGAAUCAAAAGAAUCUUUUAUGUGGUUAUUUGAAUCAUUUUUGGAAGCUCACAUGCAAAAAAAGCCUAAAACUAUUUUCACUGAUCAAGAUCCUGCUAUGGCAAGUGCUUUGGUAGAAAAAAUGCCUGAAACAUAUCAUGGAUUAUGUGUUUGGCAUAUUAUACAAAAUGCUAUUCGACAUUUAGGGAAUAAGUUGAAAGAUGGUUCUUUUAUCUUGAGAGAUUUCAAAGCUUGUAUGUAUAAUUCUAAAGAUCAGUUUCAAUUUCAAGAGACAUGGGAUGCAUUGCUUCAAAUAUACAAAGUGGAAGACAAUUCUUGGUUGAAGAGUAUUUAUAAAGUAAAGGAAAAAUGGGCUCAUUGCUAUAUGAAGAAGGUGUAUACUAUUGGAAUGCGAAGUACUCAACUUAGUGAAAGUUUUAACAGUGAUUUGAAAGAUUUUAUGCGGUCAAAUUUAGACAUAAUACAUUUUCUCAAACAGUUUGAGCGAGCUGUUGGUGGCAAGCGAUACAAAGAGCUACAAGCUGAAUACAAUGAAAGACAAAAGCUUCCUAGACUUAAGAUGAUUCAUUCGCCGUUAUUGAAGCAUGCUGCACAGGUAUAUACUCCUAAUGCAUUUGAUUUAUUUCAAAAUGAGUUUGAUUGGAGUUCUGCUGCAUAUAUUGUUUCUCGUACAGAGAACAAUCAAAUGUUUGAAUAUCAAGUUGCUAUUUUUGAUAAAGAUGGAGAAUGCACGGUAUCUGGCAAUGUGAAAGAUAUGAUUAUUUCUUGUAGUUGUGAAAUGUUCGAAACAAUGGGAUUCUUAUGUUGUCAUAGUUUAAAAGUUUUAAAUGUUUGGGAUGUGAAGCAAAUUCUGGCUCAAUACAUUAUAAAAAGAUGGACUAGAGAAGCAAGAGAGAUGAUUGUUCAUGACUCAGAUGGAAAAGUUGUUCAAAGUGAUACUAGAGCGGAUGCUACAGCACACUAUAAGAAUAUAUGUUUUAAAGCAAUCAAAUUGGCUGCUCGAUCAUCAGAUUUUGAAGUAACAUCUAAUUUUGUUGAGCAAGUUAUAGAGGAGGCAUAUAAGAAGGCUGAAAUUUUCACUUCAAAUAUUGAAAAUCAAGCUAUUUUGUCACUUCAAUCAUGGAAUCAAAUUACAACACCAAAUGGAGUGAAGUUACAACACCAAAUUUAG